CUUCUACUUGAAAAUGGUUUGUCGAUGGUUUCCUAGCAAUAUAUAUAUCACUGUAUGCUUUGUUCUGGCCGCAAAUGUGCCUGAGAGAGCGUAUGAGCCAAGCUGCUUGAAUAUGAUAUCUAUUGGUGUCUACGCAAUGUCUACCGCUCUCAUAACAACGGCAAAGGCAGCCUUGGUGACACUUUUUGCAGGUGCCUUGGCUUAUGUUGUCUAUCAAUGUGUUUUCUCCCCUCUCGCAGUCUUUCCCGGGCCGUUCGCUGCCAAACUGUCUAAAACAUGGCGUGCUUAUGUGACAUACAGAGGUCACUGGCAUCGGGAUUUGGUAGCGCUUCACCGACGACAUGGGUCGGUGGUAAGGAUAGGACCGAACGAGUUGAGCGUUAUUGAUCCAGAUGCUUUCCUUCAGAUCUACAGCGCGAAUGGGGCAUAUGCCAAGUCGGCUUCCUACUCGAUAGUUCAAGGUUCGCGGCCAUUUGACUUGGCCGGCGAGCGCAGCGAGAAGAUCCAUGCCGCUCAACGUCGGCUAGUAGCGAGAGCCUACUCAAUGGAAUCGGUUAUGCACUUCGAAACACAGGUCGAUGAACUGAUUGCUCAGGUGUUGAGAAAGUUUGACGAUGUAGCACUCUCGAAAACCGUCAUUGACCUUGGUUACUGGGUACAGCUCUUCACUUUCGAUGUGAUAGGAGCCAUCUCAUUUACCAAGCCAUAUGGGUUUUUAUCCUCGGGAUCCGACUCCUUGGGGACAGAGGAGAGUUUUUUUGCAAAACUAAAAGCUACUUUCGACAAUGCCGCGUGGCUUAUGCAUGCGGGCUGGUUUUUCAGGCUUCACCAGAAAGUGAUUAUGCCGAUAGUGGGGAACCUCUUGGCUGUCAAUGAAAGAAACGGAUUCUUCUUUCGAUUUGCCCAGCGAGAAGUACAGGAGCGUAAAGACAGAGGAGGCAAUGACCAAGAUAUGGUGGGUCGACUGUUGAAGGUGCAACAAACUAAAGCAGAACUUGAUGACCUAUCCAUCGCCUUCAUGAUGACUUCGAAUAUAUUUGCAGGUUCCGAUACAACUUCAGCCGCUCUACGCAGUAUAUUUCUCAACCUGAUACGCCACCCUCGCGUCUUAGCAAAGCUGCGUUCUGAGCUACAGGAUCGAGAGGCUAAUGGAAAGCUAAGUUUGAUCGUCCAGGGAGCUGAAGCUGACGCUUGCCCAUACCUGCAAGUGAUCAUAUAUGAAAGUAUGAGACUUUUUAGCCCCGUAUCAUUCAUGCUUGACCGAGAUGUGCCGGCUGAAGGAAUAAUGAUUCGCGGGCAUCAUGUGCCUUCAGGAACGGUCGUGGGAACUAGUCCGUGGGCCAUACAUCUAAGUCCAGAGGUGUGGGGUGACGACGUAGAUGAGUUCCGACCAGAACGCUGGCUGGAUUGCGAAGAUCCUGGAAACCUCAAGCGCUUCUUUUUCUCCUUUGGCGGUGGGACUCGGGGAUGCAUUGGGCGCAAUAUCAGUUGGUUUGAGAUGGAGAAGCUUGUCUCCACUCUUGUUAUGCGGUAUGACUUCAAACUUGCUGAGGAUGCUGAGAUAACAGAGGAAUGCGGCACAGUUGUUUACCUCAUGGGCCUGCGGGUGACCAUCGCCCGUUUGGGAGAAUAACCUCCCUUUGAAACUUGCUCGGAUCCGCAAUGACAUUGCUGAUGCGAUCACGGCUGAAUUAAAUUCUAUGAAAAUACAACACCCAUGACAAAUCGGCGGAUUAACCGACAUGAUUUUCUUGUAGACGUUGAGAAUGGAAUAAGUCUUAGUGUCACAGCGCCAUCCAGCUGUGUUCCAAUUGGGCUUGUUGUGAUUGCACAAUCCUCACCUCAUCUCGAGAUAUUGAGAGACGGUACUAGUAUUAGCAAUAAUUAUAUGUCUGUUUCCCAUCCCAAUAAAGUCUCAAAGGGCAGGAGGUGUGAAAGUUUGCAGGAUGGUAGCCACUAUACCUGGUCGAGGGGAUAGAUACUGUUGAGAAGAUAUACUGUUUUGAGUAGGUAGGUAGCUGUGGUAUUCAAUCUUGUUUCUCUUUCCACACCUCGUAUAAUCACU